AUGAUUGCGGAGAUGCGGCGAGAAGCUUGGCUAUGGGUACCGAUAAUACAAGUCAUGGUGGCAUUUGUGCUUGUUGUAUUUAAUGUGUUUUUAAUAGGAUAUUACAUCUACACAGCACCAUUUCUCCCAAUCUCGUCACCACACAGGAGCAGGCCAGAGGUAGGCGCAUAUUAUGCUGAAGAUCGGAACUGGCACUGGCAUAAAGCGGCAAAGGUGACAACAUCAACGCCGCCUCCAAAACCUGUAGCACCAUACCUACGCCAUCUACCAGCCAACGAAGAUAUUUGCACGACUAUUGAUCCUUUGACUUGUACAGUUAAAAACUUGCGACUUGUCGUCGUGAUUCCAUCAGCUCCAUCCCGCAAAGAUGCUCGUGUGGCUAUACGACAUACGUGGGGCCAUUAUGCAGCCCAACGUGACGUCGUAUUGUUUUUUAUAAUUGGCAAAGCGGCCAACAAAAAAUUACAACAACAAAUUGAAAAUGAGCGAAAACUCUAUAAUGACAUCCUACAAUUAAAACUCAUAGAUUCGCAGGCAAAUUCUACACUUAAGGCUAUAGCGCUCUUAAAAUGGGUGGGAGAUUAUUGCUCCCAAGCUGAUUACCUGCUUAAAACUGAAGACAAUGUAUUUGUCAACAUUCCCCGAUUAUUCACCUACAUGUCGAAACGUGAUCCAAGAAAAAAUGCCAUGUACGGAAGAGUACACAAAAAUUGGAAAACUGUUCGUAAUAAGAAAUCCUACUAUUACCUGCCAAAAUCCGAAUACAAGCCAUCUAAGCUUCCGAGGUUUAUUUUUGGAGGGACCUAUUUGAUGCCAGCCCGAUUAGCCAAGUAUAUAUACUAUUACUCCCUGAAGCGUCGAUUAAUAAGACUACCUGAUUUGUUUAUAACUGGUAUAAUGGCCCAGCGUCUACACAUUGAACGUCUCAACAACCGUCUGUUUCAUUUUUCUCCCAAGGAUAUAACUUCGUGCACUGUCCAGGAUUCUAUUAGUAUUCGCGAGGUUACGGAAACGAAACAAUUUAUUUUUUGGAAGGAAAGCUUUUAUGGAGAUAAAAGGUGUAAGAAAUUAUAA